AUGAAAACUAUUCUAGCAACUACUUUAUUAUUGAUUGUUGUUGGUACUGCCCAGGGUGGCUUUUUUGGUAAGGUUUUGAAUUUGGGACUUUAACUAUUAUGUUAGGUUGUUCAAAUAAUUCUGAGCCUUUUAACUUUUAAAAUGUUCUUUACUCUUAAAAUUAAGGCACAUAAUUAUUUGAACAAUCUAUUAGGUGCCGAUAUAAAGAGCCCGCCAUUUUUUACAGAAAAAGUAUGGCGGGUUCUUUAUGUCGGCAUUUAAUAAUAGUACAGUAGGGCAAGCAUUGCUUACGAGAAAGAGGUCUUACCUUUUCCAUUCUGAUUGACUUCAAACUUUUUAUAAAGAAAAAUAAUGUAAAUAUAAGACCUUCAGCGAAGUACUCAACCGCAUUUUCCAGUCAAACCCGAGAGAAACCAGAUCAAAAAAUUACAUUUUGAAUUUCCCGCCAAAUUGGCAUUGAGCUUAUAACUUUGUCAUUAAAAACAAAUAAAAAAAAAAAACACAAUGCCAAAUUUGCCGAGUUUGCGGGAAAUUCAAAUAUUUUAAUUUUAAAACUCAAAAGGGUGAGCUAAAAGUUUUUUAGGGUACUAUUGGUGGUACAAAGAAAUUAUUUAAUAAUUUUGAGCUGAUUUUGAACAGGGCGGGUAGGGUACUUUCAUUGUUUGGGUAUUUUCAGGUCUUAUCGAAGGUAUAGUUAAACAGUGAUAAAACAUAUCAUGUGGAUUCCCAAAACUUCACAAUAAAAAUAAAAAUGUUUUCUUUAAUAAAACGUUUAGCCUAAACGUAUUUUUAGUCCAACUACAUUUACUAUAGCUAAAACCAAUAGUAUUUUACUUUCAGAUUUCUUGUUGGGAAGCGACAAGUCCAGAGAAGCACCACAAACCGUACCAAACGAUCUUCCGACCGUUGAAAGAAGACGACGACAAUUAGAAGCAUCAAUCGAAAUUGCUUCAUAUGAAUAUGCAGAUGAAUCUGUAGACUAUUCGGCUGAUUAUUCUGACGAAUUCGGAUACUACGGCUUUGACUACGAUAGUAGUGAAGAAACAUCUGGAUUCGAGGAUAGCGACCAAUACUAUGACUCAGAAGACCGUGAUGGAUACUAUGACUCAGAAUCUAGUGAAGAAACAUCUGGGGUUGGUGAAAGUGAAGAGUACUAUGACUCAGAAAACAUUGACCAGUACUAUGACUCAGAAUCUGAUAGCAGUGAAGAAUUAUCUGGAUUGGGUGACAGUGAACAGUACGAUGAUAACAGUGAAUUAUCUUCUGGACUUGAUGAAAGUGAAGAGUACUACGAUAGCAGUGAAGAGUUAUCUAGAUCUUAUGAGAGUGAUGAAUCUUAUGUUGAAGAUGCCUCUUCUUAUCAUGAUGACAAUGGUUCUGGAGACUAUUCUGAUGGUUCUGAAUCACAAGAAAAUAGCGAGGCUGAUGAACAAGGCAUUGAAGAAGAUGAUGGUGAACUAGAACCUGAUAAUGACAAUGAAGGAUAUUCUGAAGACCGUGAGAAGCGACAAAUUAGUAGUGAGAUUGAUGAAGAAGAUUCUGAAGACCGUAAGAAGCGCCAAAUCAGCAGUGAAAUCGAUGAAGAGGCAAGUGAGGAAGACUAUGUUACACUAGAUCCUUAUCAGUACAAUGAAGAAGAUUCUGAAGACCGUGAGAAGCGACAAGCCAGUAGCGAGAUUGAUGAAGAUGAAAGUAAAUACGAUGAUGCUGAUCUUGAUUCAUACGAUUUAGAAUCCGGUUUCUACAACUCAGAAGAUGACAGUAGUGAAGAUACAUUUGAAGCUGACGGAGAAUUUUACAUUGUUCUGCUGUCAUACGGUGAUGACUUUAGUGAAUCCGGCGACAGUUCAAGUUUUAUCGAAUCGAGCAAAAGUGAAGAGUAUGAUGUCGGUACCAACCCUUACGAGUAUGGUGCUCCGGAUUCAGCUGAAACAAAUGCUGUAUACUCAGAUGAAUUAUCAGCUUUUGACUCAUCUGAACCAUCAGCAUCUGAGUCAGCUGAUCCAUCUGCUUCAGAGCCAUUUGGACGCUUCAGACGCAGAGAACUCCCUUACUAG